GCGAAUGAUUUCGGCACGGCUUGGAAACAUAUGGCGCUGGCUGGUCAUCAUCUCCAGGAACUCUGCGGCGAAGCAUCGCAUUCGUGGGAUCCCAUCCGUGCAUGACACGAUUCAGGCCCGACGCUCCCCGCGGACAGUCAGCGCGACGACAAGGUCAGUGUCCUAGAUGAUACUGUCAGCAUCUGCCGAGUCCUGCAAUAUAAAAUGUGGUUGAUGGAAUUGGACGAACGAUAUCCGUCUUUCGCCUCAUACUCAUUCAUCUUCCCUCUCCAAACACCGUCCAGCAAGCAGAAAUGAAGAGCGUCUUUGGUCUUGUCCUCGCUGCUGCCCUCGCCGCGCCUGCUGCUGCUUUCACCAUCGACUUUCAGAACAACUGCGGCUACACUGUCUGGCCCGCUGUUGGCAAGGCUCCCUACGGCUCCCCUGACCCGUCUGUGGCCUUCGGUACCACCCUCGGCCCCGGCGGUUCAGCCAGCUUCAACGUUGCCGACUCUGAGAUCGGCAUCCGCGCUUGGGGACGCACCGGAUGCGACUCCAACGGCGCAAACUGCGCUACCGGCGCCUGCAACGGAGGCCUCGUCUGCACUGACGCCGGCAUCACGUCCGGCGUAAUCCUCUCCGAGUACGGCUACGCCAACUUCGGCCAGUACGGCGGCGACCGCAUCUCCUGGGACCUGAGCAUCGUCGACUCGUCGAUCAACCUCAACACCAGGCUGUCGACGAGCGACGGCCAGACCGUCUACUGCGCCAACGGAAACUGCCCGGACGACCAGGCGUACACCUCCUCUACCGACUACGCCGCGGACCGCAACUCGCCCCUCGGCACGACCUUCACGCACACUUUCUGCGCUUAAAUGCGACAAACGCUCACCAUGAUGUUGUAGAGGAUUUUAUUGGGUUUCACCAUAGGGUCUCAAUCAUGUAUUUAAGUCUAUCAGGGUUAAUUUGGUGGCUUGUUCUUUAUAUGCACAAUGUGCAAAC